AUGCAGCUCACUCUCCACCUCGCCCUCCCCCUCCUCACCGCCGCCACCGCCACCGCCACCACCACCACCCCCCGCGGCAUCACCGACAAGAUCAAAGGCGCCUUCGGCAACGCCGACGCCAUGGUACGCGAGUUGUCCGAUUGCAUGGUCGCGUGCGCGCAGACGGCGCUCUUCGACCUCAGCGCGAAAAAAUGCUCGUUCGGAGACGGCGGCGACGACAGAAUCGAGGUCGAGCUCGUGGACUGUCUGUGCCAAAAGGACGACGGCAACGGCACGGCCGCCGACCCGGGUCAGGCGUGGGAGAAUGGCGUGCAGAGGUGUUUUGCGCCGGACUAUCUGGCGAAGAAGGCCGGGCGGAAUGCCGGGUUUGCGAGUUUCGACUGCCGGCCGGAGGGGUAUGAGGAGGGGAGGAUGGUGGAGAUUUGUGGGGCGAUUGAGGGGAAGAGUGUGGAGGAGAGGAAUGCCACGCUUAAGGUGUAUGCGGAGAGGGCUGGGGCUGUGGAGGAUGAGAUGUGGAGGAUUAAGGGGGAGAAGGCUGGGGUUGUGGCUGGGGGCGGGAACGGGUCUCCGGCGGAGGGGAAGGAUAGUGGCGCCGCGGGUGGUGCUGCUGGGCCUGGGAUGGUUGCGAGGGUUGCUGGCGCGGCGUUGGCGGCUGCGGUUGCGUAUGCUGUUGCCAUGCUCUGA